AUGUCCACUGGAAGAUGGCGAAUCUGGCGAUUACCCGUGAUAUUCCAGCUACAGAGUGGAACAGUUCGAAUCUUCCUUCUUUUCAUUCCAUUAUAUGCGCUACUUACUUUAUACGCCCGAAGUCGAUCAGCUCAUGACCCUGGAUCGGUCUUCUUCGAUCCGUGGACUGGAUAUGAUGCAUCUUAUUCCGCGAUCCGAAUCGAGGAGGGCGAUAUCUACAUUGAAGCCACGGAUAACACGACAAUUUCUGGCUUCCAGAAAGCGUCAGAGCCCCAGCUAUGUGUCGGAAUUGCCACUGUUGCACGGGAAGGAAUCCGGUACUUGCGAAGUACAGUCGGUACCCUUUUGGACGGUUUGAGUGACGAAGAAAGAAGAAACAUAUACUUGAUAGUUUUCAUUGCUCAUUCAGACCCAUCGAAACACCCUGCAUAUGAUGAGCGGUGGCUCUCUGAGUUACCAGAUCAGGUCUUGCUCUAUGAUGAAGAUGAAGUGGACAUCGACCAUAUUCGGGCGCUUGAGAAAAGUCCGAAAAAGGUCGGGCGGCAAAAGGCUCUUUUGGAUUACCAAUAUCUUUUGACGGCUUGCAAUAAGAUUGCGACACCGUAUAUUCUGAUGCUUGAAGAUGAUGUCGUCGCUCAGGAUGGGUGGUAUCAUCGCACCCAAGAGGCCGUUGCCAGCGCGGAAAGACAAACGAAGCAGUUAGAAGCACCGAGUUGGCUCUACCUACGCUUAUUUUAUUCGGAAGAAUUCCUUGGCUGGAAUUCAGAAGAAUGGCCAAUCUACCUCUUUUACUCCAUCCUCACCGUUCUCCUCGUUAUCUUCUCGGCCCUCAGUGCGCGACAGUAUAAACCAAGUCUUCGCGCCCACCUCUCAAACAAUACCAUCCUUCUCCUCGCAUUUAUUUGUACGCCGUUUUUGAUCGGUCUUUUCUUCGCCGCUGGACGUGCAACAAUGCUUCCAAUACCACAGGGCGUUCACCAGAUGCCCAACUUUGGCUGCUGUUCACAGGCUUUUGUUUUCCCGCGGUCUCGUAUACCUGACCUCAUAGAUCUUUAUCAAUCCAAAGAUGAAGGCUAUGUGGACUCAAUCACGGAGGAGUACGCAAAUCUGAAUCAGGAGGUUCGUUGGGCUAUAACGCCGAGCGUUAUGCAACAUGUGGGAAGACAGAGUUCCAAGGCUCAGAAGGGAAGUUCGGCGAGGCCGUCUCGAUACAAGACCAAGGGCGAGAUGAAGGGUGCGGAGCGAUUGUGGAAUUUCGCUUUUGAGAGCAAUGAUGCGCAUAAAUUACGGGUUGAGCAUGAUAAGGCAAAGGAAGAGCUAGAAGUCCAGUGA